AUGGACGUCGAGGUUGAAUAUGGUAGUUCGAACGAACUCCAUGCGUCCGCCAAUACAAGCCCUCCAAUAGCUCCAGAUUUGCUCGCUAGACGCUUCGAAAUCCUGGAUAAGAGUGAGGCAUUUGAAGACGUUGACGGCGAGUUCAAGUUCACCAAGACCCUCGUCGUCUACAGGGACGGCAAAAACAUCUACCAUGCAGUCAGCAAGGCUCGUAGCUCCGAAUUAUCGAAUCUCAGCAUAAACCAGCUCACCACCAAGGUUGUGAUCCCCGUCACCGCUUACAGUCCUCUCUUCGUACCAACCUUCACACAAGCGCCCGACCCGCUGCCAUUGAACGCAUAUGUUAAGAAGCCAAGCCUCAUUUCUUACGAUCGCAUUCAUUACGGCCUUCUAGAGGACAACAUCGCGGACAAUGUCCUUGCCGAGAUUCAGGUCUGCGAACUUCUGAAGCAAAAUUCACAUCCCAAUAUCGCGAGAUACCUAGGUUGCCAAGUCUUGGACGGCAGAAUUGUCGGUAUCUGCUUCGCAAAAUACGAAAAGACACUAAUGGAAGCAGUCAAUCCACAUAGCUUCAUGAAAAGAAAGUUCAGUACAACUCGCCAAGGUGUCAGUAACUACAGUCAACAACUGGAUGGCAUUAAAGACGGCAUCAAGCAUCUCCAUUCGCUCGAGCUUGUUCAUAACGACCUGAACCCCAGCAAUAUCAUGAUUGACGGAAGUACAUGGAUUAUUAUUGAUUUUGGGUCGUGCCGCUAUAAGGGAGAAAGCUUGGAUGGCGUUGGUCGUACUUACGAAUGGUUCGAUGAAGCGGUGCACAGCUCGCUGCCUCAAAAUGACCUGGAUGCGCUGCGUGAGAUCAGAAAUUGGCUGGAGGGGGCCCCCGCCGACACAUUCCAAUUUAAAGAGUAA